AUGCAGCAGGUAAACAUGCUUGCAAGCAUCCCGGUGGUGGUGAGCAGCCGACUCCGCAACAUGGCAAUUGCACCCUCCGCGCGAUGUACCUGCAUCUAUAUUUGGUCAUCAUGGCUCGCCCUGAUUGUAGUUGAUGAGUUCACACGCUGGCUCUUAUUAUGUGUUUCUUUCGCUGCCUAUGCCGUGGCAGCUUUGGAACAGCUGGUGCAAGUUUCCAUCUUGCGGACGACAAAGGAGAACGCCGAGUGGGCCCCUCUCCUGCUCUUCCAGGUAGUUCUGGCCGGGAUCUACGGUGUCAUCUACCUUGGGGCCGUUCUGAACUGCUACUCUUGGCGAACGGAGCAACUCCUGUACAGCUUCGCGGACGUGUCCGCCAAGUUCUUGCACUCCUGCUUCACCAUGAGCCUGCGUCGGAAGAACAAGCUCCAGCAGCUGAGCCUCUUGCGACAGGCUGCUGUCAAUGCAGCCACAGAUCUCCAGUGCAUGAUCCGGCAGGCGAACGUGCCCAUCUUCGUCGUGAAUAUGCAGCUGGAAGUGGAGGACUGGAAUCUGAAGACCGCACAGGUGACAGGCCUGAGCGGAUGA